AUGUCACUCCGUUCGCCCACCUUCCUCAUGGGACUUGCCAACUUGUUCGCUAUUGGCGGAGCCACUUAUCAUCUUCGAAGCCAUCACAUCUACAAUCUCGAAGAGCACGAAGCACGAAUGGACGAGCUCGAAGGAACUUUACGGGGCCACAUUGGACUGAUCGAAGAGUCCCUUGAACGACUGGAAGGCAAGCAGAUUACCAAGGGCCAGAAGACCGAGGAUCUGUACACCAAGCGUGGGCGAGAUGAGAAGCAGGACAAGCAGAAGAAGUGA